AUGUCCGAGACGCCAAUUGACAACCUGAAUCGCCUAAGGGGAACGGAAGCGGGCCCCCAGCUAAAGCCUCGUCUUAACUGCAGUCUUAAACCCCCAGGUGCCCUGCAAUGUCCAGGCGUCACGAUCGUCUCCCGCAAUGGUUGGGGCGCGAGGCUUCCGCGACUAGAGGUGGCUAUGAAAAACCCUCGAGCCGAGCACGUCUUCAUCCACCACACCGCGGGACCCCAGUGCAAGCACAGGACCAGUUGCAGCCGACUCGUGCGAAGUUACCAGAAACACCACAUGGACACCAACCGCUGGCCAGACAUCAGCUACAACUUUCUAGUGGGCGGUGACGGCCUCAUUUACGAGGGCCGUGGUUUCGGACGCGAAGGCGCCCAUACACUUGGCUACAACCGCGUGGGCAUCGCCAUCUCCUUCGUGGGAGACUUCAACCGAGCCAAGCCAAGCCAAAAGAUGCUGCUUGCGGCCAAGAGGCUGAUCUCCUGCGGCGUCAGAAAGGGAAUGAUCCAGGAAGGGUACUCACUGCACGGUCACCGAGACGCCAACUGCACCAGUUGCCCGGGCAACGUUCUCUACGCCAUCAUCAAGAAGUGGGCCAACUUCAAGGGCAGGCUUAAGAGGUUCCUCUGCUAUGGCGGCCAGUGACCCGCCAAAAUCGUCAAUAAAUCGGUUAAUGCGCAAGCAACAUUUUUCUCUUCGAAUGUCUCGCGAACGCUGUUGUACUUGAGAAGAAUCACUCACGGCAAUAUAUUUCGUUCUACUCUUACGCUUUCUUGACUCGAUCGGUGUCCAAUUAUUAAGGAAAACCAACGUAGAUGAGGUGGC